AUGGAGCUAACCGGAGCCAUGGUGGAGGAAGGCUUCGCUGCUUUGGACCCGGACAGCGUUGGACAGAUGAUGUGGCACAUUGGGAAAGCAGUGAUCACAGCCGCGGUGAUACUCAUGAUGAUGUUGGGCCUUGCUGUGUUCAAGCGUCCCAAGUCUGUACGACUUGGCAAAGCAGGCUCCGGGGUGUCCUUGCACGUGUGGGUGACCCUUCUGUUACCCAACGCGGUGAUGCAUGCGUGUGGAGGUCUGCUGAUCGUCGCCGCUCCACAGUACAUCGUGUCUGCUGGCAUGGGUGGUGCAGGCAGUGCUGGUCUGGUCGCUGGCAGCUUCGGCUUGGGUCUGGUAGUGGCGAACCUGGUUGCCUUCAAGCUUGGGAGCGUGCUCCAUCCCUGGCUGAUGUGCAUCGUGGCAGCCGCGACGGGCUUGAUGGGCGUAGGCGGCCUAGUUCUUGGUGGGGUGCUCACUGCUCCCCCCCCGCUGCGCCUCUACGGCCUGGCGGGGGCCGCAGGCCUCGUGGGCUUUGCUCAGUCCUUGCACGUGGUCGCAAGAACCUUCUACCAGGCAGAAGAGGUGGGAGAUGGGCAGGCCUUCGUGUCGGGCUGGGUCAGUGCCUCCAACAUUGUCGGCAUCGCGGCGGCUGCCUUCGUGACCUCCUUUGUGGACUGCACGGUCUACACCAACCUCGGCUUCUUGUGCGGCGGGGGUUUCUUGCUCUACGCCGGCCUGAUCCUCCUCCUAACCUGCCGCAGGGCUCUGCAGGGCCGGGAAAUGCAGAAGCUGGAGUCCGAGUCCGAGGCCUCGACACCGCCCCCUGGCCUCUGCAUGGAGGAGAAGGACCUCGAGGCUGGGAUCUGCGGCCAAGCCGCCCCUCAAGGCCCUUUGCAAGUGUCGCCAUCGCCAGCAGUGCCAACCUUACCGACGGCACCAGCCUCAAGCCAAAAUUCAUCGAGGCUGUCCUGGAUCUCUUGGCAGUUCGCAAAGGUUUGCUUCCUCAUCUUCACGAUGGCCAUCGCCAGGGAGGCCCAGAAGUUCUUGAUUCCCUUGAUUGGCGCCGAGAAUGAGAUCUCCACGAGCUUCGUAGGCAACGUGGCCUUUAUGUCGCAGAUGGAAUCUCUGGUCGCUGCUCCCUUGGGUGGUUUGUUGAUGGAAUGUCUUGGUAUCCUUCCGCUGGUCUUGGUCUCCGUGCUGCUGUCCGCUGUCGGAAUUCAGGUUCUGUGCAUGCCGGGGAUGGGCUUCUAUGUGCAGGGGGCCAGUCUCCUGGGCCUCGCCUGCGGCCUGAGCGCCGGUGCGGCCAUCGCCCUUUCCAUCCUGCAUGCACCCAAAGAGCGCAGCAAGAGUUUCAUGAACGGCUGCCGCUUCUUCAACUCCUCUGCGGAUGUGGUGAUUCCCCUCCUCGUGGGUUCCCUCGCCAGCUCGUCUGGAGUCUUGGUGGCCGGAAGCACCUUGACGCUGUCCAUGCUUGCGUCCGUUUGCAUUGCCCUCUUCUCCUUUGAGCUGCAACUAAUCUUGCCAGAUUCCAGCAGCCAGGACGUGCGGGUGCCCUCCCUGGACUUCGUGAUCCCGCUGAAAGCCAUGGGGCCCUUCACACGGACUGUCCUCGAGGGCAUCUUCACACACUAUGCGCCCAGGCAAAUCUACAUUGUCUGUCGGCAAGAGGCAAGGAAUUCUGUCGCGCAGGCCAUGGUGGAGUGGAGCCUCCCACGUGGCAAGGUUUCCUUCGUUGACGAAGAAUCCUACUUUCAGAAGACCCUUAACUUCAGCAGAGAGGAUCUGAAGAAAGCUUGGAAGGGAACUAAGAGCCCGCGCGACUUCGGCUGGUGGUGGCAGCAGCUCUUAAAGCUGGGAGCAGGGCAAUGCAUUGAGGGGAUAUCUGAGAACUUCUGUGUGUGGGAUGCGGAUCUGAUUGUGCUCGAGCCUUGGCCGCUGACAAAUCCCAGCAGCACGCAGUCUGCCACGCAGUGCUACGUCGCGCCACUGCAGGAGAAGUACCUUUCUGACAGGCAUCAGGAAGCCUACGAUUCGAGCACCCGACACAUCCUCAAGAUGGAGCCCACUCAGCCGCGCAAGGGAGGAACCUGGAUUGCACACCACAUGGUUUUCAACAAAGGUGUUCUGCGCCAGAUGCUGGACCUGAUUGAGACCAACCUCGUCGAUACGGAAGGUGCAGCAGGAGAGCCUGCAGAGCCUUGGCCUUUGAAGAUCCUGAAAAUUGCCGAGAGCUUCGAGCGUGUCUCCGAGUAUGUCCUUUACGGGACCUUUGCCAGCCAGGGCAGCCACUUGAGAGCGCACCCGUACGAGGCGUAUGGAGCCCGAGGUUUGCGUCUCUAUGGCCGAGAGGAAGCUCUGGCCAAAGGCCGCGAGUGCAACGAGUUCUUAAUCGAUCUGUUGAAUGCCGAAAGCAAGCCUCUCACCGGCUACUCCUACCAGAGGGUAGCGGGAGAGGUGGCGCCUCUCCACCUGACGCACCUGCAGAUGGAGCAUGUAUAG